UCCGUGCGCGCGAGGCGGCGCGGCCGCGGCGACAUGGCGGGCGUGGGGCGGGCGGAGGAGCGGGAGCAGCACCUGAACGGCGAGCUGCCCCCCGAGCCCGACGACAAGGACGGCGCGGCCGGGCUGGGCGCCGAGGAUGGCGCCAAGAAGAAACGCAAGAAGAAGAAGAAGGGCAGACCGGGCCCCACGGGACAGGAAACUGAUAAAGAAAUGGAAGGUGCUCUUGAUGAUGUAGCAAGACAAUUGGACAAGCAAGCACUGGAUGAGAAGGAAAAAGAUGAUGAUGAUGAUGAUGGAGAGGGUGAAGGAGAUGGAGCAACGGGGAAAAAGAAGAAGAAGAAGAAAAAGAAGAAAGGACCUAAGGUCCAGACAGAUCCACCUUCUAUUCCAAUAUGCGAGCUAUUUCCCAGCAACGUAUUCCCAAAGGGAGAAGAAUGUGAAUAUCCACCAACACAAGAUGGGCGAACUGCUGCUUGGAGAACAACUAGUGAAGAAAAGAAAGCACUAGACCAAGCCAGUGAGGAAAUCUGGAAUGAUUUUCGGGAGGCUGCAGAGGCACAUAGACAAGUGAGGAAAUACGUUAUGAGCUGGAUAAAACCUGGAAUGACAAUGAUAGAAAUCUGUGAAAAACUAGAAGACUGCUCACGUAAGCUGAUAAAGGAAAAUGGUUUAAAUGCAGGUCUUGCAUUUCCUACGGGAUGUUCUCUGAAUAAUUGUGCUGCCCACUACACUCCCAAUGCUGGAGAUCCAACAGUCCUGCAAUACAAUGAUAUUUGCAAAAUAGAUUUUGGAACACAUAUUAGUGGUCGUAUUAUUGACUGUGCUUUUACAGUCACAUUCAAUCCAAAAUAUGACAGACUAUUACAAGCUGUAAAGGAUGCAACAAAUACUGGAAUAAAGUGUGCUGGAAUAGAUGUGCGUCUCUGUGAUGUGGGAGAGGCCAUACAAGAAGUUAUGGAGUCUUAUGAAGUUGAAAUUGAUGGCAAAACAUAUCAAGUGAAGCCAAUUCGUAAUUUGAACGGACACUCCAUUGGGCCAUAUAGGAUACAUGCAGGAAAAACAGUCCCCAUUGUGAAAGGAGGAGAAGCCACAAGAAUGGAGGAAGGUGAAGUGUAUGCUAUAGAAACCUUUGGUAGCACAGGAAAAGGUGUUGUUCAUGAUGAUAUGGAGUGUUCUCAUUAUAUGAAGAAUUUUGAUGUCGGGCACGUGCCAAUAAGGCUUCCAAGAGCGAAACACUUGCUAAAUGUUAUCAAUGAAAACUUUGGUACUCUUGCCUUCUGCCGCCGGUGGCUGGAUCGCCUGGGGGAGAGCAAAUACCUGAUGGCGCUGAAGAACCUGUGCGACCUGGGCAUCGUGGAUCCGUACCCACCCCUGUGCGACAUCAAGGGCUCGUACACGGCGCAGUUUGAGCACACCAUCCUGCUGCGCCCCACCUGCAAGGAGGUCGUCAGCAGGGGCGACGACUACUAACUCGGAGCCACCUCAGCACCUUUAUACUCUAGGCUUUCUUGGAACAUACUAUACCAGAAUUAAUUUGCAACACAUUGUCUGUUUUAACAGUGGACUGAUGUUAAUACUUUCCAUAUUUGGAAAGGAAGGAAUUUAAGCUAAGGCAAGUCUUCAAGUCUUCUAAUUGUAACUAACCAUGGAAAAAAAAAAAAUGCUUUCAGGCCUUUAGAAAUACUUCAAAAUUUUUUUCUGUUCAGGGAAAUAUGUGCUAUAAAGCUCAAUUUUCAGUUUGGAAUGAGUUAUACAUUUUGUUCUGAACAUUUAUGAUAAAAGAUGCUUUUCAAAUAUUUAUAUGACCAUAUUCCUACUUGAAUGCUUUGAAUGACUACACCUGAUUUCUGCACCCCAGUCCUCUAUGAUAUUGCCUUUUAAACUUCCUGGAAUCCAUUUUGUAAAAAAUAAAGAUAAAUUUUCAAAUCUGAAAAUAUAUAUACUUUUUAGAAGUCUGGUUAUGAUUCUGGUCAGGAGUCCACUGGGAAACUGCUCUAUUAAAUAUUUUACAAACUUGA